AACAUCAGCUGCGAUUCAAAUUUUUACCGCUCGUAACGUUAGCUGCAGAGCGAGACGACUGCUAUUUCUUGUCAUACUUCAUAUUUUAUUUAGUUUAUCGACGGAGUUGUGCGUUAGUAAGUUACGUAACAACGAUGUCUUGUCGCAGAAGUGAAGCUCUGGCGUUCUCUCUGGUGACUGAGAUCAAUCAUUCCAUGGCCAGGCUUGUGGACAUAUGGGACAGUAUCGGCAUCAUGGAGGAGCAGAGGGUAGAACGAAUGCAAACUGUGAAAAAACAUAUAGAUGAGCUUUUGCAUUCAAUGAUUAUGGAGGAAGAGGCCUUAAGACAUCGCAUCAAAACCGAUGUCAUUACCUUCCAGAAACAAUUGGAUACACUGUGCUUGGAACUGGGACUGGAACCAUACAAAUUGGAGCAAGACCUUACAGUCCUCCAGAUGGAGAAGAACCUGCGGUGCCAUGUUGAAUCUCUUCUAAAGGAGAAGAAUGAACGUUUAAGAGAGCUGAGUGAUUUGAAGAAGCAGGACGAGGAUUUGUGCGUAACUUUGUGCUCUACGCCAUAUUACAUCCCAUCGGGAAGUGUGCCUUCUCGAACCCAGCUGCAGGAACUCCAGGAACAUGUUGAGAAACUCGUCAAAGAAAAAGUGAGCAGGGAGAAGGUGUUCUCUGGGCUCAGGGAGGACAUCAGGAGCCUGAUGGACGAGAUGGGACAUGAACCAGAGAGCAGUCUGGAACGGGAGUCCAUCUGCCCUGACACGCACUGGCUUAUAACCAUUAUUAUCAUCAUUAUUGUACUCAUAAUUAAUAUUUAUACCACACAGCUUGCAAUGAAAAAGGAAUCCUUGAUUUCAGCCCGAGACAAACUCAAAGAGCGAGCUACGAGCCUGUGGAAUCGUCUGAGUUGUCCUGAGCCGGAAGGCGAGGCGUUCCGAGAGGCUGCCAUGAGCACUCUCUCUGAUGAUAUCAGACGGUGGCAGGGCUAUGUGGAACAUCUGGAGGAGCUGCAGAUGGCUCAGCUGGAGGAGGUGGUUGAUAAGGUCCGACAGGAGCUUGUGGUUCUGUGGGACAAAUGCUUGCUUGGACCAGAACAGAGAGAGCCGUUCAAUGUUCACUUCUGUGAUGAUCACUACACCGAGGAGCUGCUGGCCCUCCAUGACACCGAGAUGCUGAGAAUGAAGGCUUUCUAUGAGGCAGCACAGCCCAUACUGGAGGACCUGGAGAAAUGGAAGAGGAACUGGGCUCUCUUUCAAGAGUUUGAGAGAAAGGCUGCAGAUCCCAAUCGCUUCAGUAACAGAGGAGGAUCUCUGCUCAAAGAGAGUAAGGACAGGGCCAAAGUGCAGAAACUGCUCCCAAAGCUGGAAGAGGAGUUAAGAAGUCUUGUGGAAGUUUGGGAAAAGAAUCAGGGGACUUCCUUUCUUGUGCAAGGUCAAAGGAUCAUGGAUUGCAUCUCCAGCCAGUGGGAGGAGCAUCGCUUGCAGAAAGACAAGGAGAAGAAUGAACGGAUGACAAAGAAAACAGAAACCUCUCAGUUUAAAACUCCGACAAAGAGACCCCUCGGAUCAACAUAUACCACCCCCACCCCUAUCAAAAUUAAAAAGAUGCCCAAUAUGUUGGCACCUCGCACUGCCACCGUGAGCAGCGUCAGUAGCUCCAGCAGCAGCAGCAGUGGCGGCUCAUCCACCACAUUUCUGUGUGUGCCAGGAAGACCUCAACUCUCUGCCAAGAGGACCAAGACUACAGAGGCCAGUUCUGGCCCACGUGUGCCGCUGCAGGAGUUCAACAGUGACAAGAAACCGCUUCCAGUGAGCUACUCGGCCUUUACCAGCGAGCUCUCCAGGAAAGCCAACACUGAUGCUUUUCUCAAUUCCACCGUUAAAGACAUGCUUUGAUUGGACUGCCAACAUUUGAUACUUUUUUAUUAUUUAUUUUUUAUGAGGUUUAGGUCACAAAUAAUAAUAUCAGGAUUGAGACUGUACAGGAUACAACUAUUCUCAGGUGUUUGUAUUAUUUACCUUUGACCAAUGCAGUGACUUUUCAGAGACAUUGUU